AUGAGGGAGUUUAUUAUUUUCUGCUUGCUCCUCGUCCUUUGGAGGAGUUCAGUCUGGGCGAACGAACCUCCAAUCCACCACGGAUGGAACUACCCUGACGACUAUGACCACUCGGAAGUCACAAGAAACCUGCAGGACUGGCACAUCGACGACGACGGCAACCAAUGGGAGCUGAGUGGAUUGAAGGAGGGUGACAUCAUGGAGAGCAACAACAGGGGCAGAAACGUGGUCCGAUCCAACAAAAUCAACUGGCCUAACGGAGUUAUUCCAUACAUCUUGCAGUAUGGCAUGAACAGAGGCGAAAUCCGCGAGGUGCAGAGAGGCAUGAAGUGGGUGGAGAAAGGAUCGUGCAUCCGCUUCCGCCCAUACAAAGACGGCGACACGGACUACUUGCACAUCAUGUGGAACCUGACCGGCUGCUGGAGCCACGUGGGCCGCCAGGGCGGAGGUCAGGUGACCAGUCUGCAGAGGCACGCGUGCUACGUGCCCGGCACCGUGGCCCACGAGCUGCUGCACACCACCGGCUUCCACCACGAGCAAAGCGCUUCCGACAGAGAUGACUACGUCUUCAUCAACUAUACCAACAUCAAGCCAGGCAAAGCCCACCAGUUUGCAAAAUACAGCGCAAGGGAGGUAACCGACUUUGGCACUGGAUACGACUAUUCCAGCAUCAUGCACUACAGCAAAACCGCUUUCUCCAAAAACGGCGAGGAUACCAUCAUUCCUUACGAUCCGAGCGCCGAGAUCGGCCAGCGAAGAAUGAUUUCCAAAAAGGACUUCGUCAAGCUGAACCGGAAAUACAAGUGCAGAAGACAGAAAAAAUAAUGUAGCGCAUGUCUUGUGCAAUAAACGAAAG